GGUCCUCCCUCCCGCCCUCUCUGAAGAUAAAUGGGAAAAUGUCCACCGGUGAGGAUUUUACAGAAAGAAACCGGACAGCACGUGGGUCCGGGGUGCCUGUCACGAGGGAGCCAGUUCAGCGGAGACCCACUGCAUUGUGUAGAAACUGCACCCAGGACUAUCUUCCAAAGAGUCCUGGAUAUCUUAAAGAAAUCUUCUCAUGCUGUCGAGCUGGCCUGCAGAGAUCCAUCCCAAGUGGAACAUCUGGCUUCCAGUCUGCAGUUAAUCACAGAAUGCUUCCGGUGUCUCCGGAACGCUUGUAUAGAGUGCUCUGUGAACCAGAACUCCAUCAGGAACUUGGAUACAAUCGGCGUUGCUGUUGAUCUGAUUCUUCUUUUUCGGGAACUUCAAGUGGAACCUGAAGCCCUGCUGACAGCCUUUCGCUGUGGCCUGCAGUUUCUAGGCAACGUGGCCUCCCGGAACGAAGACUCCCAGGCGAUCGUGUGGGUGCACGCGUUCCCAGAGCUCUUCCUGUCUUGCUUAAAUCACCCAGACAAAAAAAUUGUUGCCUACUCUUCAAUGAUUUUGUUCACAUCCCUUAAUUCUGAAAGAAUGAAAGAACUGGAAGAAAACCUCAACAUUGCAAUUAAUGUCGUAGAAGCUCACCAGAAGCAGCCCGAAUCAGAGUGGCCGUUCUUGAUUAUCACAGACCAUUUUCUGAAAAGCCCGGAAUUGGUGAAAGCCAUGUAUGCCAAAAUGAGCAAUCAAGAAAGGAAGUAUUUAGUGUGGCUCCCCCUACCCUGUCCCCACCUGGAAGAAGUAAGACACACCACACUGUAUCCCAUUUCUCCUGACUACACAGUGCAUUUCAGGUCACGUGCUUUCUGGCAUAGGAAUAGCGAUGGCAAAGGUGAUGUACAAUUAAAGGUUACGUUGUUAGACCUUAUAAUAGCCAAAAUAGUGAGCGAGGAGCCUCUGACCAAGGAUGACAUCCCUGCGUUUCUGAGCCACGCCGAGCUGAUUGCCAGCACCUUUGUGGGCCAGUGCAAGGUUGUGCUGGGACUGACCUCGGAGCCGCAUGCCGACGAUGAGGAGGCCCUGGCUACCAUUAGGCUCCUUGACGUCCUGUGUGAAAUGACUGCCAAUACCGAUCUGCUUGGCUACCUUCAGGCUUAUCCUGGCCUGCUGGAAAGAGUCAUCGAUCUCCUACGACUGAUUCAUGUAGCUGGCAGCGACACCACAAACAUCUUCAGCACCUCUGGGUGCAUGAAAGCGGAAGGCGACGUCUCAAACAUGGCCGAGGGCUUCAAGUCCCAUCUCAUCCGCCUCGUCGGAAACACGUGCUACAAGAAUAAGGACAACCAAGACAAGGUCAGGGAGCUGGACGGCAUCCCCUUGAUCCUGGACAGCUGCAGCCUGGAUGACAGCAACCCCUUCCUGAUCCAGUGGGUGGUGUACGCCAUCCGGAACCUCACGGAGGACAACAGCCAGAACCAGGAUCUGAUCGCCAAGAUGGAGGAGCAGGGCCUGGCCGACGCAUCCCUGCUCAAAAAGAUGGGCUUCGAAGUGGAGAAGAGGGGUGACAAGCUGGUUCUGAAAGCGACCAGUGACACCCCUCCGCCGUGAGUGAACUCUCCAUCCAAAUGCCUGGAUUGCUGACGCCUGCUUCGCGGAUUUUCUUCGGCAGCGUGUGAAGUUGCAAGUGUUUGAAGAUGCAGUGCCCAUUCGGGAGCUCGUGAUGCUUUUAGAUAAUAGAGUUCAGUGUGUUUAACUUAGAAGCGAACGUACACGAGUAUGCUGUUAUUUCUGUGCUUUGAAACGUCUGUCUGGUGAGCCUCACCCACGGACCCAGCGUGCAUGUAAGUCGUCGAAUGUCGGUGCUGUGGCAGUGCUGGCCUUCUGCUGGGGGCCCGGCUGGGCAGAGGUGCGGCCUUUGCUGGGGGCCCGUCUGUCCUUCAGAUGGCGAGCAGCCUCAAUCCUUGCUUCUCCUCUCCUUGGGCGUCCUGAACUCUGCAGGCAGCUAAGUAGCUCACUGUGACCAGUUCUCGCCAUCUCUGCACCCUGCGCCUCUCCAGAGCGCUGGCCAGACGCGUUCCGGCUCACUGCUGCGAGAGGCUGGGGGAGAGCUCAGCCUCUCGUGUUAGGUGCUGGCUGCGUUGUCACCGGCCUGUCCCUUUGGAGUUCUGCAGGGUGUAGAGGACAUGGGGCCAUUCACUGUUUUGUUCCGUCACCCUAGAAGUCAGCUUCUCAAAACCUGUGCUGUGCAGAGCGGCCGUCUGUCCUCACCCGCGUGCCUCCGGGGGCAGGGCGCUCUGUUGUCGGGCCGGGCGCCUGCACUGCAGGGGGCCUGUCUCCUCCCGGGAAGGCCCCACUCCGUGCUGGCCGUGCCUCGCUGGGAUCGCAGCAGGACUAGUCUGACCUGGGUCUGUCUGUCUGUCUGUCUCUUCCUUCUGUGUCCCUGUUCGAAUAGACCUGGAGAGUGAGCACCACAAUCUCACUCUCGGUACGUCGCUCAGACACCUGGAGGUUCUGCAUAAUUCAUGUUGAACCUUCCCAGUGAAAUGACGGAGAGCCACCAGACACUUUUCAAAACACUGAGUGUCUCUCAGUGAAGUGCUUCUGUUUUCUGUGCCACACUUACACUGCUUUGUAAAACUGCCCAAGCAUGUUAAGACAAUAAAAGUUUUCCACUGUGUUAUCUCA